UCGUUGUUCUUUCGCUACAGGGACUUAGCGGCACGGAACUGCCUGGUGGGUGAGGCGAUGACUGUGAAGGUUGCAGAUUUUGGGCUGGCUCGCUACAUGGAACGUGAUGUGACGUAUCGGGCGCGGGAGGGAGCCAAGUUUCCCAUCAAAUGGACUGCACCUGAGGGUCUUGUCUACAAUUGCUUCUCCAUCAAAUCUGAUGUCUGGGCGUUUGGCGUGCUCCUUUGGGAGAUUGCAACCUACGGGGCUGCGCCAUAUCCCGGCGUAGAGUUGCAGGAUGUCUAUGUUCUCCUCGAAAAGGGCACACGCAUGGAAGCACCUCAGGGCUGCCCAGAUGCUGUCUACCAACUCAUGCUCGAUUGUUGGAGUUGGAACUCGGAGGACAGACCGAGCUUCAAGGAGAUGUACACGCGUCUUGAGACCAUUCGUACCUCCUCGGACAUCAACGAGGCCGUGGAGCACGAGCUUCAACGCCAUCGCAUUAGGAUGCCUCCUGCUCCUCUGCCUCCUCCACCUCCCACAACUGUUGCUGCCCUCGCUCCACGACGAAGCAGCAGCUGUGAUCGCAUGGAUGAGAGCAACCGUGAGUAG